AUGGCUCAAUUCUACAACCAGAUUGACGAUGAAUACGGUACCGAGGCAAAACAUUCGCUAAAAAUAUACGCCAACCUAAACCGAAAAAUGGGAAACAUGACGGCUAGAAAGGAUUUUCUAGUCAAGUGUCGCAGAACGGGUUUGUUUCCCCCACACAUCACAGAUGUAUUCCGAUGUGUCUACACGCUGUUUGAAGACAACAGCCCCUACCUGAAUGAGCUCAACAGGAAGGUGAAUCGGUUUAAGAAAGCAAUAUUGAGUUUAGAAAUAAGGCAGACGUUUUAUAAACUGAAGCAGAUUACAGACAACAUGAAACAUACACGCAGUAACAUAAAAAGGUUGAUCCCAGACGGUGGAAGCGAUCCCUUUUUCGCCAAUCAAAUCGCUUUCCAGCAAAAGCACCUACAAAAACGCGCGGCAAACACUGACCGUAAAUAUCGAAAAAUCAUAGAUAGAUCGAUAAAAUCCCUCGAACAGAAAACGCCAUCACAUAACCACCGGGCGUUUUUCAACAGCACCACGGUAGAAGUACCACAACCUGUGCAACUCCUACUGAGUCUGGGAUCCAAGUUCGCUUUACCAUCUACAAAUAACAAACCAUCCACAUUCUACCACCUAAUAGCAGACAUCGAAGGCAUUAUUGAAACAACAGAGGACGAAGAAGUAAAAGUACGCAAUCGCAGUGCAGCAGCCAACCAAAUUAUGAACCACAUCCACGCGCAUAGAAACAAUACAGGAUGUAACCCGUCGGACAACUUCUACAAAACCGCAAUAAUCGCCACAAGACAGUUCUUAAAAUCAUAUCCGAAUAUCAUCGUACUGGAAGCCGAUAAAGGUAACAUAACGGUGAUGAUGAAUCGCGAGGAUUAUGACAGAAAGAUGCUGGCGCUAAUCGAGGACGAAAACACCUAUUCGAGCCUCACACGCGACCCAACAACCGGCUUUCAAACCAAAAACAAUGAGUUUGCUAAACGAUUAGCAGAUUUAAAACUAAUAAACCGAGCCACAGAAUUGAAAUUAAAAACGUAUAAAGCUACGGCGCCUUGCAUUUACGGGACACCCAAGGCACACAAGGAAGGUUUACCUCUAAGACCAGUAGUACCGUGUAUGACGUCACCAUCUUACCAGCUGUCUAAACAUGUGGGCCGGAUACUCCAAGCGUCGAUCAACAGCAAAUACAACGUCAAAGAUUCAUUCGAGUUCUGCGAAUUUAUCAAUGACGUCGUUUUGCCUCCAGAUCACAUCCUUGUUUCGUUCGAUGUUGUUUCCCUGUUCACAUGCAUCCCCAGGGACCUCGUUUUAAGCAACAUCAUCAACAAUUGGGAUGCCAUAAAGAAGAAUACUAACAUCAAUUUAGAUAUGUUUCUUGAAAUUGUAAACUUUUGCAUGACCUGCAGUUAUUUUAGAUACAAAAACAAAUUCUACAAGCAAAUAUACGGAACGGCGAUGGGCAAUCCAGUUUCUAGUCCGAUAGCUGAUUUUGUCAUGGAAUCGCUCUUGGACAACGUGACACGGACACUCGAUUUCCAGAUACCAGUUCUAAGAAAAUAUGUCGACGACCUACUGCUAGCUUUGCCCCGCGAACAUGUUGAAAAGGUAAGAGAAAAGUUUAACCAGUACCACCCCAAAAUUCAAUUUACGGUUGAGAUCGAGUCGAAUUGUCGUCUCCCGUACUUAGAUUUAGUAUUGAUUAGACAACCCGACCAAUCAAUCAAAACCGAGUGGUACCAGAAAUCAAUAGCUUCGGGACGAUUUCUCAACUUUCGAUCAGCACACAACACGCGCCUCAAAAUCAACACAGCGUUAAAUUUUAUAAAACGAGUCAAAAACUUUUCAACCAAUGUUCCCCCCGAGGAGGCGAUCAAAUUAAUCCAUGAGAAUCUGAGAAUCAACGAUUACCCGAAGACCCUGAUCAACAGAUUGAUUCGAAAAGCGAACGAAACCGACACCCCCCAAAACACACAAGAUACACCCACACAACACUACCGAUCCAUAUUACACAUCGACGGCCUAACUGCAAAAGUAAUCCGCGCACUUAAGACGGAUUACCCGCAUGUACGCAUCGGCACCACACAAAAGCACACGAUACGCAGCCUACUGCCUGUGGUCAAAGAUCCGAUAUCGCCGAUCGAUCGCUCCAAUGUGGUCUACCAUAUCCCAUGCGCAGGCGCUCCCGAACGAGAUGAAGAAUGCUCCAAAUGCUAUGUUGGGCAGACCAGCUAUAAACUACGGACUAGAAUGUCGAAACAUAAAUGUGAUGUCACCAAAUUGAAACGCAUAUUAGCAACAGGGGCCACAGCGUCAAACCCCAGCAUCCGGGAACUGCGGCAGUCAGCUGUUGUUGAACAUUGUUUCGAACAGGAGCACAUGUUUGACUUCGAUAAAGCCACCGUCCUAGACAGUUCCAACAAACACCGUAGGCACCUAGAGGUACUCGAAAUGUGCUACAUACAAAGUACCCCGAAUACCGUCAACAUCCAGAGCGACACAGACGGGAGAGCAAUCUCGUACGGCGGAGUGUUUCGCUCUCUCGCAAACACUCGCAAGCACUCAUGGACGCCGGGUUCUGGCGGUAAAGAAAACGCUACGAAAACUCAAACAAUAAUAACAAACAGUGAGUCGAGUGAUAGAAGUUUUGCCACGGACGUGUUCCAAAACGACGGAGUAGGCGCCGACGCCCUGGCCGAUACCAGAAUAUUGGACACGUAA